AUGUCACAAGGUAGCGUCGAUGCUGAAGGUCAACCUGCGGAGAGCGUUUCUGAAGACAAUAUUGGUCAACCUGUGGAGAGUGUUGCACAACAGCACUCCAAGCAUGAUAACAGGAACACCAGCACACCAGACCUCAUUGAGCCCGGUAACAGGAACACUAACCCACCAGACCUCAUUGGUGCAGCGGUGGCCCUCAUACGUGAUACUAACAACUCAUCUUGGGCUGCAAGAAAUCCCAAUAGGCCUAUCAUUGCACCAUGUGCCCCACUUAAUCCUGUGCAGAAAGCAUGCGCAAAUGCUCAACGAGCAUCUCGAAAAAUCUCUUCCCAGCAACGCAAAGAGUCUGAGGUGGCAUUGCACAGUUCAAUUCAGCAGCUGCUAGCAGACCAGGCACAGAAGAUGAAUGAGAUCGCUCUGGAACACAGCAUCUCUGUGGAGAAGGUCAAGAAACUGGUGGGAGGUACUAAACAUUAUACAGUGGGUCGAUGUGUGCAGCUAGAGAACGCUCUUAUGCACACAAAAGCUGAGGAGGUAAAUAGAGAUCUACCACGGGGCGCCAAAUAUACUCCUGGAGAGAUCCAUCAGAUGGUCAAGGACAAUAAGACCAUGCAAGAUCUAACAGAGGAGGAAAAACAAGAGUUGGUCGACAAGCUCAGUGAGCACCGAGCUCUGCGCAACAUGAGUGUGCGAGCAACAAAUACGGCAGCUGCACGCGAUGUUCAAUCAACUUUGGACACGAUCUUCAAAAUGCUUGACGGUCUUGCUGUAAGAACUGGGAUGUAUGCUUGUCUGUUUGCCUCUCGUGGUCAUGUUUAUGACACUGCACAAGCCACAUGGUUUGGGACCGACAACAUCAUGGAUUUCUGGGAGGAUGUGCUGCAAACGGAGGCCGAUGAAAUCGCACGGAAGCUGGAGCAAUGGGCAUGUAUGAUAGGUCGAAACAUUGAUGAACAUGAAACAGUGCAGAACAUGCAGUGUGUCUGUACUCGCCUCCUCAACUCAGGGCUGAGAACUAUAGCUAAGAGAUGCGACAUCCGCAUCAACUAUGCAAAUUUUGAUACUGCAAUCAAGGAGAAGCUUUUGAUCGAUAUGAAGGGCUGGUCCAAAGGUGUUCCCUUUCAAUCCCCCACCAACAUUAAUGAUCUCAAUGCCCUCCUCAAACUCCGAGGUGCUCUGAAGGAUGGCUCUUGCCACUGGUUCCGUAUGACUCCCCAUCAGUGUGACAAGUUUCACGCUCUACUGGAUGCACGCCGUAAAAGUGGGGAAAAGGUUGGCAAACCACGCAAGAAGCGUGCAGACGCUGGGAUGCCUCGUAAAUGA